AGCCGAACCACUACGUAGAGGCUGGUAAGAUAUUCACAGAACCAGACGGAUACCAUGGCAGACACAACAGAAAAAGCGCCUGCUGCCAAAACAGUGUCUACGAAGCCACUGGGCAUGCGAAAGAAUGGCAAGCAAUGGCACCCUACGAAGAAGGCCUUCAGACCGACGGCUGGAUUGACAUCGUAUGAAAAGAGAGCUCAAGAGCGUAUCCAGAUGGCCCAGAUGAAGGCCAAGGAAAAGCAAAUGAAGGAGGAGAAGGAGGAGGAGCGUCAGCGCCGUGUACAAGCUAUCAAGGACAAGCGAGCGAGAAAGGAAGAAAAGGAGCGAUACGACAAAUUGGCCGAGAAGAUGCACCGUAAACGUGUUGAACGAUUGAAGCGCAAGGAGAAGCGAAACAAACUGAUCAACUCAUAAGCAACUGUACAUAACGGAGUAAAGGAGCAGCGACGUCAUUAACCAGAGUAUGAAAAGCGAAGGAAGCGCCGAGUUAGCAGUAUGUACAUAUAUGAUUUAACGACAAAUACAAAACUAGCAUCUGUUCCGUGCACGGUAAAACUGGGUGCGCAAUGGCGGCUCCGUGAUGGC